AUGGCAGACGUGGAGAUGAAGGAAGCCGCUACUGGCUCCUCCAAGGGCAAGGCCGUGGCCAAGGGCUCCGAUAAUGCCGACAAGAAGAAGUUCGAGGUCAAGAAGUGGAACGCUGUUGCCCUGUGGGCUUGGGAUAUCGUCGUUGACAACUGUGCCAUUUGCCGAAACCACAUCAUGGACUUGUGCAUCGAAUGCCAGGCCAACCAAGGAUCAUCAACAACGGAAGAGUGCACUGUUGCCUGGGGUAUCUGCAACGUGAGGAACCCCGCAUCCACCCCAUCCGACCAUAUGACCAUAGGCUAA